AUGGGAGCUCAUCAUCUGGAGCAUCUGAUGGAUGGUUUCCGAUGGUUUCGCUUUGAUGCUGGACUGCUGCGUGUCGAGGUCAAGGUGUUCGUGGUACUGUGUGCGCUGCUGGUUGGCGGGGCGCUGGGUGAUGCAGCGCUCGGUAAUUACUACAAGGACGUCGUGCGAGAACAGCACAAAGUGAUCAAUGAGAUGAAUCAGAACUUUACUGAGCUCGAGAGGGCCAGCGAGAAGCUGAUCGAUUUGGGCUUCUACGUCGGCAAGCACACGCUACCGCCGAAGACGGUCAAGAUCACCAAGACGGUGGCGGUGAAGGUGCCGGUGCCCUUCCCGGUGAAGGUACCGGAGCCGGUCCCGGUGCCGGUGCCGGUGAGCAAGCCCGUUCCGGUGCCAGUGCCGACGCUAGUCGCGGUACCGGUGACGGCCACCGCACAGACGGCGGCGGUGGUGGUGCAAACGGUGCCCGCCACCAGUGCGACCGCUCCGACGGUCGCCACGACGGUACCGUCGGAUGCCGCCCCAGCGUCGUCACUGUUGCACCCGAGCACGGUGCAGGUCCAAGAGUACGUACAAUCGUUUCCAAUACACUCUGUAUACGACGCUGGCGACGAUUACAAUCCCAUGGAAGGAAACCGUCUCGCACUAGCGGAACACACUGCAUCCCCUACUGAAACCACGUUCAGUAAACAAAGUCCUUCUUCACUUCAACAGUUGGAAGAAUACCAGCAGCGACAGCACCACCACCAACACCAGCAGUAUCAUCGCCAAAAGUCUGCGCAAGCGGGAUCGCAUUCGAGCGGCGCGGAACAGUACCACCACCCGUCAGCCGGAGCAGCAACAGCACCAGGACAGUACUACGGUGGUGCUAAAGUUCAAGCCACUCCGCAUCCGGCUGCAAAGUUCGGACCUGAGUCGCAUGCUGUCCAAGCGACGGCCAAACCGUAUGGCCAAACCGGGGUCGGCUACAAACUCCACACGCCCACGUUCGCCCGUUCCCCGGAUACGGCGUAUCCCGUUGCGUCAGGCUACGCCGGAGCAAAACCUGCGCCGUCUGCGCCGUCGGCUGAAGGGUACCGCUUCGCCGGAGAGCAGCUCCAGCUCCAGCUCCAGCGUGGAGGAGCAGCAGGAGGAGCUGGAGGAGGACAGCAGCAGUUCGGAUCCGCUGGAUCUAGCUUUGGUCGCGGCGGAACAGGAGGAACUGGAGCGGGAGUCGGAGCAGGAGUCGGAGCAGGAAUCGGAGCAGGAAUCGGAGGAGCUGACGCGCACCAGUCGUACGCCGUCCACUACGAGGAGGCCGCGGAAGUCCAAGCGACCCACGAAGAAAGCGUACCAUCGCACUUCCAAAACCAAGAAACCGAAGCGCUCCAAGCCGUACAAGAAGCCGGGUCGGCUGGGCGCGAAGAAGAAGCGGAAGGCGUCCGGGGGUUCGGGAUCCGACAAGCCGGACGACCGGCGGGUAAGGGAAAAGAAGUCAACGAGCUUACGCCACGCCCGUUCCAAACUGUUCGCGAAUCGUACCCGCGGUAUGAGAAGCCCGAUUUUGCGCACUACCAUGCGGCCGGUUCGCAUACGCACCACCACCACCACCACGACCACCACACCCUACCCGCUGGUGUCGGAGGAGCAGGCGUCGGAGGAGGAAGCGCCACCGCGGAGGAGGGUGAUCCUACCGGCAGCCUCCUCGCCGAAGGCUUCGAUCAUCCGGCAUUUAAGCCCCUUCCACAGUCUACCGCCUCCGCCGCCGGAAUUGGGGGUACCUCCGCUGGCAGCGGAAGCGCAUCGACCGCGGCACACCGUUACCCGGUACCGGGGGGACGCACCCAUCACCAGAAAGUAUCCACCGCGGGCUACCAUCAUACGCAUCCACGUCAUCCGGAGUCAUCGGGUGAAGCACAUCAAAAUCUUCGUCAUCAAGCCGACGCCCCAGUCGGAGACCCAUUUCCCUUCUACCACGCCACCAAGGACGAUCCACACUUUGCUCGGGCAGGCGUCCAAUCACAUCGAGCAGUCGCUUCUGCCGGUGAAUCACCAUCCUUCCACCAGCAACGGUACGCCGGCAGUGCCAAGGAGUCCGCGGCGGGCCUCUCGCAUCACCACCACCAAGCGAGCGGCUACCACACCUACACCGAGCACCACCCAGUCGCUCAGCAGCAGCACGAGCACUUUGGCCAGAAGUACCCGGGAGGCUACGGACUCUCCGGCGCCAAGCCCACCGUCUUCGGCGUCCCCAGUGAUGCCCAUCUCUACCCCAACUACACCCCUAGCGGUGCCGGUGGAAACCACCACUCCGACGACGACUCCGGUGGCCAGCACCACGAUCACCAUCACCACCAGCACAACGACCCCGCUUCCGGCAAGUUCCACUAUCACUUCCACAAUGUCCACGUCAUCGGAGGAGACCACCAGCCAGACGCCAGUGAGCACCACUACUCCGUCCACUCCGGAGCCGAUCACCAGCACGACGGAGCAAGCCACGUAACCUCGUACGAUCCACCGGCCAGCGGCAACGCCUACCACUACCACGGUUCCGACACCGACGAUCUGCUCGCGGGGGCUUCCGACACGCAAGAACAGCUACACCAACCUCCACCGUUCGGGGAGUCUUCCUCGUACGGUGCAUCCGACUCACACUUCGAGUCCGGAACCGAUCACAAGUGA